UGAUAGAUUUGCAGAGGGAACAAUGACGUACAGAGUGCUGGACGCCACGGCGCCGCUUGAAGGAGGAUACUGCCGCUGUGAAAGAGGUCCGAGGGGUCCCGCUGGAGCGCCAGGCAUGGAGGGCCCCAAAGGCGACGCCGGGCCCCGGGGCCCGCGAGGAGCGAGGGGCCCUCAAGGUUCCCUGGAUCUGAUGCUGCUACUGCUCGCUGAUGUACGGCAUGAUAUCAGGAACUUGGAGGCGAAGGUUUACAAGGAUGGGGAGCAGCCAGAACGCUUCAACCUGCAGAAAGCCUGGCGGCACCAACGCAAGCAGGAACGCUUGGAGCGCGAGAAAAGUACCGAGCAAGACCUGGAGGCCUACACCGCGCCGCCACUCGUCAAGGAGGUGGCUACGGUAGUCAUCACACCGCAAGGUCAAACGGGUGACCUUUUCCGCACUGACGCCACCACCGACUGGUCCCUUGUGAAGGGAGAGACUGAACCACCGGAACUGCCAUUAGGACUGACACAGGACAUGACAGCAAUGGACGAGAAGCUUCGCGAAUUCUAUAUCCUGGCCAAUACCACGAGGCCCGGCGACGCGGACGACGAGCCCGAGGAGCAAGGGACUGACGACUCGGAGGACUACAACUUCUACUGACAAUAAACCACUCCACCACAAUGUUG